AUGUUGUGAUAUGUACUCUGGGGACUUUCACACUCUGUUCUCUGGCUCCCACUCAUUCAUCGCUCCCUUGUGUCUGGCCUGUUUGGUCCAGUAGGAAGGGGAGACGCGGACUCCAAACUCAACAAUAUCCUGUUUGUCGUGGUACCUGUGAAAGACCUUAAACAUGUCAAAGUUCACCUCAGAAUGUGGGACACGACGCCGUUGGCUUACGAAGUGCAGGCUGGUGAGACUCAGGUUUGGUAGGAGGUCGUUGUUAGCGGCUUUGCUCGCUGUGGCUGCUGGAGUUUACCUGCUGCCUUCACCCAUAGACCCCAAACCACAUGUACUGCAGGGGCCUCCUCCGGCCCUCGAGGGGCCGCUGGCGGUCAACACCCGACUGCAGAAGGGCCGCAGGCUGUUUGCUGGGCAACUACACGGCCCAGAAUCCUUCACUGCCGAUGAGGAGGGUAACGUGUACACGGGCACAGUGGACGGGAAGCUGUGGCGGAUCGGUCCUGACGACAGCCUCACCCUCAUCACACACAUGGGACAGAACUCACCUGAAUGUGGCAGCAGUACAGACUUUGAGCCCGUGUGCGGUCGUCCUCACGGCGUUCGUCUGGAUCGUCACGGUCAGCUGAUAGUCGCUGACUCUUACUUUGGGCUGCACAGCGUCAACCCCAAAACAGGAGAAAAGACUCUGCUGCUGGCUAACUCACAGGGUGCUGAUGGCGUUCCCUUUGCCUUCCUGAACGGCCUCGAGAUUUCCUCCCAGACCGGGACGAUUUACUUCACAGACUCGUCCAGCCGCUGGGGACGCAGACACGUCAAACUGGAGGUGAUCGAGCUGAACUGCCUCGGCCGUCUGCUGUCCUACGAUCCAGAGACAGGAAGUGUGAAGGUCCUGCUGGACUCGCUUUACAUGCCCAACGGCAUCGUCCUGUCGCCUGACGAACACUUCCUGCUGCUGGCUGAGACCAGCAUCGGGCGCAUACUGAGGUACUGGCUCAAGGGACCAAAAGCUGGUACCAAGGAGAUCAUCAUGGACAACAUGAUCGGUUACCCUGACAACAUCCGCCUCAGCGACCACGGAACAUUCCUGGUCGGCAUAACAACGCCGCGGUUCCGGAAGCUCGUGCCUCCCUUCCUGGAUGCCAUCGCGCCGUACCCGGCCGUCAAACGCUUCCUGGCCAAGGUCAUCAUUUCGUGGUACAACCUGCUGCUGCCGCGCUACGCUCUGGUCCUGGAGCUGGGAUUGGACGGCCAGAUUGUGGGAACGCUGCACGACCCCGAAGGCCGCCUGACGUGGGCGAUCAGCGACGUCUUCCAGCACCGAGGGAGGACCUACCUGGGCAGCACCGACCUGCCGUUCCUGCCCGUCCUGGAGUGAUGGCGGAGCUGAUGACGGAGCGCGGCCGAGCACAGGAAACCAAAACCAGCGCUGGUUUUUAUUUUGGGACGGUUUCUGGAUUUUAGUGUUUUAAAAAGGCUUUUGGUUGACAUUCACCUCUGGAGCGGCUUGUGGACGUUGCAUAAAUCAUACCUGGAUGUCAGGUACGUCAGGACAUUUUUAGAAAAGUUGGAUGGAGUAAAAUUAACGCACUAAAAACAAAGUGGCCCAGAAAUGUGAGCUAAAACUGUACUUUAUAAUAAUCGUAGAAAUCAGGUAACAAGUCAUGAUGAUUUGACUUUUUCUUAAAAAAAAAUGUAUAAAAAUGAAACCAGAGAUGUCA